GUUAAUAUGAAACAACUCUUAUGGUGAGCACUUUUUAUAGCUCAUUGAUUAUGCAAACUUGAAUUGGUAGUCGAAGUGUUCAGGCAUGGAGCUAGAUCGCCUAUGAAUAUCACUUAUCCAACUUCUUUCGGGGCAAAUUGGGAGAUUGGGGGCGGACAACUCACUUCAUCUGGAGAGAGACAGCAUUAUUUAUUAGGUCUAAAGAGAAGGAAUUAAAUAUAUUUACGAUGAAGGAUUUCUUCCCAAUAAUUACUCACCAGGAACCAUCUAUGCAGAGUCAACUGAUUACAAUCGGACUUCAAUGAGUGCUUAUGCACAUCUUUUAGGAAUGUAUCCUUUAGAAAAUAGAGAAAACUUUCAAAUUAUGCUUCCAAAUGGGACUUUUACAGUGCAUCACCCUAUACCUGUUCAUAUGAGAGGUGAUGACCAAGGUGUGCUGAACGGCCAUAAUACAGAUUAUUGCCAUGCAUCCCAAGUCAUAGAACAAGAAUCUCGAAAUAAAGCAAAUGAAGAAUUUACGAAUAGUCACUCUAUUCAGCAAAUGAUCAAAGAAGUAAAUGAGAAAUUGGGCGAUGCAAAGUAUGUUAAUUUUACAGACAUCGAAAAUGCAGUAGACUCAUAUUAUUCAUUGUAUUAUAACAACAAGUCUCACUCCAUCCAGAUGUCAGACUACUUCGUAUCCAAAAUGGAUCAUUACCUUUGGCUUAGGAUGAACCAUAUGAUCCACAGAGAUGAUUUUGGAGUCAGAAUAGCCUCACAUAGCUUUUUCGGGAUUCUAAACUCCCUCAUUUCUCACAGAACUGGCUUGAACAAUUCAAUCCCAGAGACUAAUGUCACCAAUAGUAUCCCUAAAGAAGCCUUAUACUACAUAUUUUCAGGUCAUGACAACACUAUUGUGGCUAUUCUUGCGGGUCUUGGGCUCAAAACUGAAGGAUUUCCAGAAUAUGGCGCUAGUAUAACCAUCGAGCUUCACAAAGAAGACGGCAAAUACUACUUAAUAUUCUUGUACAAUGACAAGUACCUUAACGUGAACAAUAUUUGUUCAGCCUAUGAACACAAGUGUAACCCUGUAUUAAUCCUAAAUUUCUUGAAAUCCCGGAUGCUAACCCAGUCUUAUCAAGAAGUCUGAGAUCACUUCAAAAGGAAGGCUGAGGAAGCCCUGAAGCAAGAUUCUGAAAACUUCUGGAUCCUCAUCAAAGUCCUCUUCUUCAUAAUCCUCAUAGUCUUUGUGGUAGUGGGUUGUGCUUACUGGACCUACAGAAAGAAUCGUCCAAGAACUGGCAGAGAGAUAUUGGAGCAGGAAAUGGAGCGAUUUGAUAGAGAAUUCCAGUUUGAUUCACAUCGUCCCGAAAUUAUUUAGAUAAUAACUAUUUCAACCUCCU